UGUUCCAAGCCCAGGGGAUGACAGGGGUGGAACGGUGGAAUUACCAGCGCCUGGUGGGCUUGAAACAGCCAGAUGUUCACCUCCCAAGUGUCUUUGAUCCAGCUUUGAUGGCACAACUAAAUGCAGUCUCUGAAAGAGUGCUGGGGCAUGUGAAGUAUGCAGCUUUUCAUUUCACUGGCUCAGACACUAGAGAGAAGUUUGGCUUGGAAUAUGUUGAGCCUGGUUGCCGCCCAGUUCCUCUAGGCUGGGAUAAACACAGGAGCAAGACAGACCUAACCCAUGCCCUGAAUCCCCCUCCUCAAAGCAGCCCUUCCACUGCCCAGGCUGAGAUUCCACAGUCAUCCUCCAGGUCACUACCCAAGCUGUUUCAGUUUGCUGCAUGCCCUCCUGCUGAUGUUAAACAAGAUGACACUCCAAGUACAACUCCCGAGCCGCAGACAGAGCCAGAAAUCAGAAGUCCACUGUCUCUCCCCUUCCUUUCCUCACCAAGUGGUGCUCGCACUGGACCGGUGAAGACAGGUGGGAGGGUGUUUGUGUUGGACCACAAGCGCUGGCCAACGCCUAUGAAAAAGGCUAUUGACGACCUUCUUCAUAAACACCGUGGCCAGAAGGACAUGCUCAAGCUUGUAGACCAGGACUAUGCUGGUCUAGUUUACAACUCGUGUAAAGACCCAAACAGCAUGCUCCACCCAACAACCAAACUACACAUUGCACAGUAUUUAAAGCACCUCAGCAAACUGUUAAACACCAGCUCCUCUUUAAAUACCAGCCCAGAAAAACUGCAAGACAGGCAGGAACUCUGGCAUUCUCUGACCAAGGGGAGUAAGACUGCCAGUGUGCCAGUUGUUACCAUGUCUGCUCCAGUUGUUAAUCCACCACCACCAGUGCAGACCCAGGCCACACCUCUAACUCAAGACUCUAUUGAGAAAAUAGUUAGAAACAUAAUGGACAAACAGCAGCAGCAGCAACAACAACAGCCAGCACAAAAAAAAUCACAGACAUGUCUUUCCUGUGGCCAGCCAAAGACGCGGUAUGAGAAUGAUGGUUCUUCCAUCCACUUCUUUUACCAGCAAGGACCUGUCAGGUAUUUCUACUGCUCCACUAAGGUUUUUAAGCCUAUGGUGCUGAAGGUCUGA